AGAGGGAGGAGGGAGGAGGGAGGAGAGGGGGAGGAUACAGAACGCGCACAUCACAUGCAGCUCGAGCAGCGGACCGGUCGGAUCUCUCUGUCUCAUAUCGGAAGCUGCAGGUCCAGAAGAAAGGGCAGACCAGCAGGAGGACUUCAUGAUCAGCUCGCUCUGCUCCUGAGAAGAACCGUGACACCUUUCAGACAGCAUGGACUUUGUGAUGAAGCAAGCUUUAGGUGGAGCCACCAAAGACAUGGGGAAGAUGCUGGGGGGGGAGGAGGAGAAAGACCCUGAUGCAUCCAAGAAAGAGGAGGAGCGUCAGGAGGCGCUGAGGCAGCAGGAGGAGGAGAGGAAGGCCAAGCACGCCCGCAUGGAGGCCGAGAGGGAGAAAGUACGGCAGACCAUCAGGGACAAGUACGGGCUGAAGAAGAAGGAGGAGAAGGAGGCGGAGGAGAAGGCGGCCAUGGAGCAGGCCUGCGAGGGCUCCCUGACUCGUCCUAAGAAGGCAAUUCCUCGGGGAUGCGGAGACAAUGACGAAGAGGACGAGGAGAGCAUCCUGGACACCGUCCUCAAGUUCCUGCCCGGACCUCUGCAGGACAUGUUCAAGAAGUAGAAGGAGGCGGGUUCGACAGUAGAUCUGUGCGUGUGGGGGGUUCUGGGCGGUUGGGAGCAUCUCACUGCCUUUCUGCAAAUCCUUUACGUCCUUCUUUUUCUACUCUUACUUGUGAUUUGACACUUCUUACCGCCCUCUGUCCUUACCGCCCUCCUGUCCUCUGUCAGACAUUCCAAUGUGUCUGCUGCCGGAGGACGACGGGUGGAGCAUGUUUAGGUUUUUUCUACAGUUCGAACCUCAGCGUUUAUAUUCCAAUCAGAGUCGCGUUUUGAGUUUGAGUGUUGUGUGUCUUCUUACAUUGUCUUCCAGCAGAGGACACGUCAAUAAUUCAAUGUCUCUGUUAGCAACAUUAAAUGUCUCUGAUGGGGACAUUGAAAGGUCUUCAGACGAUAACAUCUCAGCUACUUACACUGCCGCCGAGCUACAGACGGCUGAAGAUCUGUAGCAGAUUUAUAUUUUCUUUGAAUCUCAUUUUUUAAAAAUGAAUCCAUGUGUCUUUGUCCAGAAAUGGGGCGACGUCCCGGUGGUUGUUAGUGAGCGUCCUGGUGAAGACAAUCGAGGCUCGGCCCGCUGGAGGACAGUGGGAGGAGCUUGUACCUCCUGUCACACCCUCUGUGAUUGGUGGAAAGAGGGUUACACGCACUUGAUUAACUGUCUGUUUUCUGCUCUCUGUUUAUUGUCAACACACAGAUGCAAACAUCAGGCCUUUUCUCAGCUUAGGGACAUUUCGCGAAUGUGCCGCCAUGUUUACAGCCACGUCCUCGCGUUUCUUUUUGCAUGGAGGCCUGCGGGAGUCCAGCGUGUUGCAUGAAACCCAAAGAAAAGCCCAAAGUCAAGUCCUCUUCGUCCUCUAGUAUCCUGAGACUGAGGAGGCGAGGCCUCUGAUCUCACAGGACCUCCUUCAGAGCGUCCUCAUUAAGCCUCUAGAUGUCUCGUUGUCCCUGUCAUGUCCCCUCUGCUCAUUGUCCCUGUCAUGUCCCCUCUCCUCAUUGUCCCGGUCAUGUCCCCUCUCCUCAUUGUCUCUCUCAUGUCCCCUCUCCUCAUUGUCCC